UGUAACGCCACACCAGCAGAGGGAGCCCUCACCCACUGACUGACUGUUGCUGCUCCCUCUGCUGCUUUGUUGGUUACUUCCUGUUUGGUGGCCAUAAAAGGAGGCCUACACCAAACAGGAGGCGCGAAGUAUUGUUUUGCUAUUGUGGACUCUACCAAGCGUUUUCCCUGUUUUCAUUGCCCUGUUUUGAUUGUCUCGGUUUUGUUUCUUGCCAUUGUUUUACUUUGUUUUUGCCAUUGUUUUGUCUGUUCAUUGCCAUAGUUUUUGCCAAGUUUCACAGCCCUGUUCAUUUGUUACUUUUCGGACUGCUCUCUCUGGUUUUUGGACUGUGCCUGUUUUAUGGACUACGAUAUUGUUUUGUCUUCGUCACAUUGUUUGUUGGAUAUUGACCCUGCCUGUUUGACUACGAUCUGUUUAUUAAAGCUCGCACUUGGAUCUUAUACGCUUCCUACGAGUCCUCAUUACAGAUACAAGUACAAUACAGAUGCCGCCCUCACUAAUGAUGCUGAUAAUUUCACAGUGAGCUCCACAUGCUCAUUUGACACCAAGAAUACUGUUCAACAGCUUGUUUCCGGGUGUUUAAAAGAGCAAGCAGAAAGCUCACCCAUGUGGGUGAUUGUACCAUUUGGAAACAUUUUGCGUGGCAUUGGGGAAGCCAGCAUUGGCCCUCUGGGAAUGUCAUUCAUAGAUGAUUAUGCACACCCAGAAAACUCUGCUUUUUACAUUGGUUGCCUGAACACACUCGGAGUGACUGGGCCAUUUUUCGGUUACUUGCUUGGAUCACUGUGUGCUAAUCUCUAUGUGGACAUUGGUUUAGUGAAUCAAGAGAGUGUGACCAUCACUCCUCAGGACUCUCGCUGGGUUGGAGCCUGGUGGUUGGGUUAUGUGGUUUCUGGGCUGUUGACUCUUCCUGCUGCUUUGCCUCUCUGGUUCCUGCCAAGAGCUCUACCUGAAAGUCCUCAAACCUCUACACUGGACCACCCCUCAAACCAACACAAAGACACACUCAGCAUUACAGAGAUAGCCAAAGAUUUUGGGCCAUCACUUAAGCGUCUGCUCACCAGUGUUGAUUAUCUCCUGUACCUGGCUUACAGCGUAUUGGCAUUCAAUGCCUUUGCCAUUGUCGUAACAUACACACCAAAGUAUUUGGAGCAGCAGUUUGGACAAAGUGCAUCCAAGACCAAUUUUCUGAUUGGAGUGACGUCUGUUCCGGGAGUGGCUCUGGGUGUGUUCCUGAGUGGUUGGAUAGUUAAGAGGUUUAAACUGAGUCUGCUGGGAUCUGCAAGACUGAUGUUCUUGUGCUUUGUAACCUCAUUGGUUUGCUCCAUGCCUUUCUUUGCUCUCAGCUGUAAAAACACAGAUGUUGCUGGGGUCACAGUACCCUAUCAAAGAUCUAUUGACGUUCAAGAUGCAAGCCAUGAUUUACUCACUUCUUGCAAUGCUCACUGCGGGUGUCCCAACUUCCAAUGGGAUCCAGUGUGUGGACAGAACGGAAUGACCUACAUCUCUCCUUGUCACGCUGGCUGUAAUUCCACUCAGGGCGCAGGACAGAAUAUGACUUUCCGUAGCUGUAAAUGCAUCCAGAGCUGGGGACUGACUUCUGGGAACUCCUCUGCAGUACUUGGACAGUGUUCACGAGAGAGUAACUGCACUAAAAUGUUCUACAUCUAUCUGGCACUGCAGUCUCUUGUCUUCUUUGUGUACUCUCUGGGCACUGUUCCUUUAUUGCUCAUCUCAUUGAGGAUUGUGGAUCCUGCUUUGAAGUCUCUCUCAGUGGGCAUAUUUAUGUUAGCUUUAAGAGUUUUUGGUGGUAUUCCUGCUCCCAUUUUCUUUGGUGCUUUAAUUGACUCUACCUGUCUGAAAUGGGGCCAAAAGAAAUGUGGUGGAAGUGGUGCGUGCAGAAUAUAUGACAUUGAAACUUUCAGGUACCUAUUUCUGGGACUGAUCUGCUCUUUUAAGGCAUUUAGCAAUAUCCUGUUAUGGAUACUCGUCACAAAGAUUAAGAGAAAUGUACACAGCGAUAAAGAAAUGUCCAAGGACACAGAACUCCAACACCCUGGGAUAUGUGAUCCAAAGCAGGAAAAUACUCCAAUGUAAUGUUCUAUGUUGUUUUGUUUUGUUCCUGGGUCAUUUUCAAAAUAUGAUGACAAACAUUUAUUUAUUAUUAUUAUUAUUUACAUUUUGUAGUUGUCAUACCAUUUCUUGUGGCAUGGAAACUAACAUUUGUCACAAAAAUUAGUUGUAAAACAUACUGUUUGUGCAACAGUAUAAAAAGGUAAACACACUGUACUAAUGAAAGUUCUAAUGAAUUAUAUAGAUAUUUACAAACAGUACCUCACAUUCACAUAAUUCUUGGUAAGUUGUAGGUGUGAUGUACAGUAAAUUUUGCAGUUUGGUGUUUCUGUUUGUAUGCAAUAGAGUCUUUGUAACACCUGGUUGCAGUAUAAUUCCAGUAAAUAAAUUAGUGGUAUAUGAUACUAAAACAUUUUGAUGUUUCUGUUGUAAAUUAUGUAA